AUGUAUGCUGCCCUCUGUCUGCGCAGCGGUGAUUUUCACCCUCACACGUUACUCCGUUUUCACACCCCUGGGGGGAAUUCUCUGGCGUUGUCACACGCCAGUGGGUGCAUGUCCCAGGUCUUCUUCUACCACUUUCUGGGCAGCACCGAGUGCCUGCUCUGCACCGUCAUGGCCUACGACCGGUACGUGGCCAUCUGCCACCCGCUGCGCUACCUGCUCAUCAUGAACUGGAGGGUGUGCGCCCUCCUGGCCGCCGUCACCUGGAUCACCAGCUCCUUCCACGCCACCAUCCUCACCAGCCUGACCUUCACGCUGCCCUACUGCGGGUCCAACGUGGUGGACUAUUUCUUCUGUGACAUCUUCCCGGUGGUCAAGCUGGCCUGUGCAGACACGUACAUCAUCGAGACUGUGACCUUCACCAACACUGGUAUGGUGCCCAUGACCUGCUUCCUCCUCAUCCUCACCUCCUACGUCAGGAUCGUCUACUCCAUCCUGAAGAUAAACUCGGCCGACGGGAGGCGCAAAGCAGCCUCCACUUGUGGCUCACAUCUGGCGGUGGUGACGCUGUUCUUCGGGCCCUGUGCCCUGGUCUACACUCAGCCCCAGCUGAGCACAGGGAUGGUGACCGCUGUGCAGCUCUUUGGCUAUGUGAUCACGCCCAUGCUGAACCCGGCCAUCUACACGCUGAGGAACAAGGAGGUGAAAGCGGCUCUGAGAAAACUGAGAGGGGGUCAAAUGCCUCCACGUUGA